AUGAUGAGCACUCUGAAAAAUAUUCUAACGAUAGUAGAGAGUAGUCAUGAUAGAUCUUGGCAGAAUGCUUUAGACGACAUACAGUUAUCUUUAAAUAGUACAACACAUAGAGUAACGAAGGAAAGUCUACUAGAAUUGUUGGUUGGGAAAGUCCCGAGACCUUUAAGUUUAAUGGCAGUCGAUGAUCAUGGAAUUGAAAUUGACUUGGAAGAGUUGCGAGGGAGAGCUGAAAAGUUAAUGCAUAAAGACGUAAAUAAAGCAAAAGUUACAUCAUUUGCUGCAGGAGAUUAUGAUUCUCUUGAUUGA